CCAAAAUGUGUAUUGGGUUAAUUUACAAUAUCGAAAAUCUUUUAUCUUAUUUCUAAGUAAUAUGUCAUGUCCAUUAAUUCUAAUAUUUAUUUAUUAAUUUAUUUUCAAAAGAAACUCAAAGUUUAAUGCAAUAUUGCUGGGGACUAUUUUUUUAAAGACAUUCAUAUCUAAUGGUGGUGAAGAGAAAACUUUUCGAGAAAGGAGCCAUUUUGGAUUUUCAGUGAAUAUUUAAAUAUAGCUUCGUGAGAUAAGUUUGGUACCGGAAAGGCAUUGAAUUGGUACCGAAUUAUAAUCAUAGCAUGCUUCUAUCAUUUUACUACGAAUUCUUAUAGCUAUGGCUGAUAGGCGGAAGCUACAAGGUGAAAUUGACAGAUGCCUCAAAAAAGUAACGGAGGGAGUCGAGUCAUUUGAAGACAUCUGGCAAAAGGUCCACAAUGCAGCAAACACAAAUCAAAAAGAAAAGUAUGAAGCAGAUCUCAAGAGGGAGAUUAAGAAGCUGCAGCGUCUUCGUGACCAGAUCAAAACGUGGUGUGCAAGCAGCGACAUCAAAGACAAGAGGUGUCUGGUGGAUAAUAGGAAGCUCAUUGAAACGCAAAUGGAAAGAUUUAAAGUGGUGGAAAGAGAAACCAAAACAAAGGCAUAUUCAAAGGAAGGGCUCGGGGCUGCUGCAAAACUCAACCCAUUAGUUAAAGAAAAGUCAGAAAUGACUAAUUGGCUGUCACAAUCCAUUGACAAUUUGAAUAUUCAGCUAGAUCAGUUUGAAAGUAGUUUGGAAAUGCUUACAACAAAGAAGAAGAAGAUGGAUAAAGAUAAGCAAGAUCGAUUUGAGGAGCUGAAGGGACAUAUGGAGAGGCACAAAUUUCAUCUGAAGCAGUUAGAAACCAUUCUUCGAAUGGUGGAUAAUGAUGCUAUUCCAUUGGAUCAGAUCAAGAAAAUCAAAGAUGAUGUUGAGUAUUACGUGGAAUCGAACCAGGAGCCUGACUUUGAGGAAAAUGAAUUUCUCUAUGACGACUUAGAUCUCGAAGAUCUCGGUGCACAAAUGCUUGCAUCUUCACCACCGAAUGAUGACAUCAAUAUGGAAGCAUUAUCAAGCACCCCUACUUCAACAAAUUCAAGUUCACCCUCUCCCAGUCCUAGUCUGAGUAUAAAUCAUUCCAAAGAUAAAUCAGAAGAUGAGAGGAAAAGACACAAAUCACAAAACGAUGAAGUGCUAAAGUUAGUACCUGUGAUUUCUUCCCCAUCAUCAAGUAAUUCAUCUUCAUCCACUGUUCCUGUCAACAACAAAGUUCCAUCAACACCUACAAAGUUAUUUCAAGGGAAUACCUCGACUAUAGAAAGUUCAAAUAGCAAUCAUCGUCCAAAUUCCACGCCACCACCACUAACAGGAUUCUCCUCAGUAGCAGCCAGUUCACAACAAAAUAACAGCACAGAUACUAAAAAUCAAGUGAACAUCAUGGACCACUCGGCUUUAAAUAGUAACUCAACAGUGAACAGCAGUACAUCUUCUGUGACACACUCUAAUUCAAACUCUGUCUCAGUGACUUCUGUAGGAAAUCCCUCUUUAGUGCCAGCCCCAUCACCAUUGUUUACCAAUAAUGGAACAACAGUGCCCUUUUCAAAUUCAAUGCCAAUGGUUGUAUCAAAUAAUGUACCAACAAGCAACUCAUACACAAGUCAAACAACAAAUGGGCCCAACUCGCAUCCGCCCUCCAAAGAGGUGGUGAUGAAUGGCCCAGUGAGUGCGGGGGCAUCAGGAUUAAAGGGGAUCAGUUGCAUAGAUGACAGUAUUUCAGAUUCCAUGUCAUCAUUAAAGUCUAUAGCACAACAAGCUGUGGUCAAUGCAGGUUUAGAAAAUCAGAUACCAACACCUCCACCACUGUCAUCAGAGUCCAGAUUGCAAUUUAAUAGUUCCACGUCAUUAACGACGUCAUUACCGACUUCCUCACAAGUGGUGUCACAAAGCACGUCUUUAUCACCGAGUGAUCAGACGUCGCAACAAUCGCAAACCACCACCAUACACCUCAACCCACUACUAGGAGUGGCGCCCUUGGGUCCAGUACCUCUCAGCAGAGAAAACUUUUACCAAUUACAGAUGUUAGAAGCUGCAUAUCAUCAUUUACCACACCCUUCAGAUUCCGAGCGACAGAGGUCUUUUCUCCCCCGAAACCCUUGUCCAUCGCCCUCCUUCUACCCACAACUGCCCCCACCCCAUGCAGACUCAGUUGAGUUUUUUCAACGACUAUCCACAGAAACACUCUUCUUUAUAUUUUAUUAUAUGGAGGGUACUAAAGCUCAAUAUCUGGCAGCAAAGGCUUUGAAAAAGCAGUCAUGGCGAUUUCAUACAAGGUACAUGAUGUGGUUCCAGCGGCACGAAGAACCAAAGACAAUAACGGAGGAUUAUGAACAGGGCACAUACAUUUAUUUUGACUACGAGAAGUGGUGCCAAAGGAAAAAAGAAGGGUUUACAUUUGAAUACCGGUAUCUUGAAGACAGAGACUUGAACUAAAGGUGAACAAUAAGGAGACGUGUCCUUAUGGUCCAUGGUACUAGACGAUGGAUUUCCUUGGAUCUGCUGUUACUGCCAAUCUGCCUGUAUGAAUGUUGGAGGAGAAAUGGAGGGAUGCUUGAUCAAUGUUAUCAUCAUCAAUUGUCUUAUUGUGAUGACAACUCUCUGACAAACCAAUGGACAGGGUGCUCACUGUUGUUUAGGAGCUUUUGAACAUUGCGAAAUUUAAUAUGCAGGGACUAUAUUCAAAGCCAAUGUUUUGUUUCGCAGCACAUUGUGAUAAAUUAUAUGCCAAGGCAGGGUCCUAGGUUGUGUUUGAUCUCGCAAUAUAUGUAUGUAUGAGAGGGCACACUUGUUUUGUCUGAAGUCAUUGCAAUGAACGAGUUGACGGUGAUAAAAGUCAUUUACUCAUUUUUUUGUCAGUCAAGGCAUCUGCCUGUGUUUUGAUCGCCAGACCUGGGUACUUGGCUGGAGUACAACUUACCUGCUUCACAAUGUGCUCAGUAUAGGGUCUGGAGGUUAGACCCUAAGAAUCUCAGUCGGAUUUUUUGAUUCUUAGAUUUCCUUUUCAUCCAAGCAAGACAAAAACAUUUAAGAAGGAAUUUUUGAUCAAAUCUUGCAUUUUAUUACAGAAAUUGUAAACAAUGAAUUUAACACAGAAAAUUUUUUAAUACACAAAGCAUUAUGUUUCAUUGCACAUUAUGUUUACUUUUGUUUGACAAGUGCUAAUUUGUUUUUGUAAUGGUGCAAUUGUUAGUAUUUUAUUAUAGUUCCUGUACAAAGUUCAAGCUAUUUGAAAGAGUUUUAAUCUUUUUCUUUUGAGAUGAAUCCUGUUCUGAAUAUCAUACAUGUAUUUAUAUUCAUCUGAUGAUGGGAAAUGUAAAACAUAUCUUCACACAGAAAUGGAAAAAUUUGUAAUUUCUUUCAUAUCUUUUUUCUUUAGUUUUGUAUAUUUUUUUUAAUAUCAAAAGAAGGGUACAUGCUUUGGGCACUCUGUUUAAGCAUAAGAUUGUCAAAAAGGUGUCUUUCAGAAUUUCUCUAUACCAUCAUUCUCUUAGUUUGUCAUUGAAUUGGGAUAAGAGAACAGUGAUUCAAGUGUUAUGUUAUAUCCGUUGUCUGUAGAAUCUGACCAAUCAGGGAAGCUGAUUUCAUGUCAUUUAUCAUGUGAUUGAGAACUAUAAAUAGUCAUGAGCUGUGUGAGCUGGCUGUCAUUGAAGAUAUUGAUUUUAUUUGUGUGCACAUGAACACUCAGUUUACAUGUCAUAUUUUUGUACAGUAAACGUGUUUAGAAUGCAAGGCUGAGACAGCCAGUGAAUUUUGUCUCCAGCCAGGAGUAAUCCGUUAUAUUGAGGGUCAUUCCUGAGUGGAGAGAUUGUCUGUUUUAGUCCUGUAUUCUAUGUUGGUAAAAAUGACGAUGGAAAAAUCUUUUAAAAAAAUUAUUAAAAUGUAUGACAAAUGGAAGUUUGUCAAUAAUAUAAAAA